CAAGUGUUUGUUCCAAGAGAAGAAAGAGAGAUGUCCAAAAUGGCAUUGGCCAACCUUCUCUCAGCCAUAACCCUGUUGGGGGUAACCCUAGCACCCCUCACCAUGGCCCAAAACUCCCACCAAGACUUCGUCAAUGCCCACAAUGCUGCCCGAGCCAGGGUCGGUGUCGGCCCGGUGUCGUGGAACUACACCUUGGCCGCCUACGCCCAAACUUACGCCAACAAGAAGAUUGGCACUUGCGAGCUGCAACACUCCUAUGGACCUUACGGCGAGAAUCUAUCUGAAGGGUAUGGUGAGAUGACCGCAGUGGAGGCGGUGAACUUCUGGGUGAGCGAGAAGAAGUACUACGACCACCGAUCCAACCGCUGCGUCGGGGACGAGUGUCGCCAUUAUACGCAGGUGGUGUGGCGGGACACCAAGCAUGUGGGUUGUGCUCGAGUGAAAUGCCAUAACAAUUGGAUAUUUGUGAUAUGUAACUAUGAUCCUCCAGGCAACUAUCAAGGCCAGUUUCCUUACUGAACUUAUCAAAGUUGAAAAAUUUCGAUGAGUUGGCCAAUUGUCA